AUGCAGUGGUUAAGCAACGCCGCGUUUCACCGUCUUGUGGUUCCGUGCCGGGAGCUUACCCGCGGCAGGUUGAUGGUUGCCCUCUCUGCUGGAACCAUCGGGGGCGUCUUCCCUGUUCCGAUGCUGACGAGCCUUGUCACCUUAAUCAUCUGUCGCGUGCUGCGGUGCCGCCCACUGGAGGCGACGCUGGCGACAAGUAUCAACCUGCUCCUCACCCCCCUCGAGCUUCUCCUUGUGGUGCCAUUUGCGUCCGUGGCGGCGGCUGUUGUGGGAGGCGACACACGCAAGUUCAGCGCGACUGCGCUCUACCAGUCUACGGAGCUUGGAUUUGUGGGCUUCGUGCGGAACUCGGCCACAGUUCUCAUUUACAGCUGCAUCUGCUGGAUGAGUUUCGCUUUUCCUCUUCUGUACCUUAUACGCAGCCUGCAGAAGUCAUUUGGAUGA